GAGGAUUUCUUUUGCUUGCCGCUGGCGAUCCCCGCGGUAGACUCCCGGGUGCUAUGCGUCGAGGUGGUGGCGCCCUUGCGGCACGCCACCGUGCAGUACGGCGUCUACGUCCCAUGCUGGACGACCGUCGGAGACGUCCUCGCCGCCGUCGCCGAGCUCGCUGGCCAGCCAGGAGUCCCCAUGUGCCUGGCCGUCGUCACGGGCAGGCGCGUGCGGCGCAUCCUGCCCGCCCAAAGCGAGGUGGGCGAGGUGUCCGCAGGCGACGCCCUCGUGGCCUACGUCGUGGCGGACUCUUGCAGCGCCGAGGGCGCCGCCCCGCCGCCGCGGCCCACGGCGCCGCCGCCUGCACAGGAGGAGCCCGACGCCGAGCCCUCGCCGCCGCCGGCCGCCCCGCCGCCUGUGGCGGAGGCGGCGCCGCUUCCCG